UGCAGAGGGAGUUUCAGGACUUGCUCAAUCUUGUUGAGGCACCCAUGGAUCUGAACUCGGAGUACUUGCGAAUACUCCGAAGAGCCUAUAUGCGUGGUUCAUCUGCAGUUCCCCUGGAUAUAGCCAAGAUGUAUCACCUCUUUUAGGGAUUCCCAUGGAUGAGGCCCAAGCCACAUUACAACCGAUCAGCUCAAUCAUUGAACUUCCCUUGGAGGACAUGGGUGUCAAAUUCUAUCAUGCAACGGCACAAGAAUUCAUAACAGGGAAUCCAAUUGGUGAUGAAAAUGACAAAAUAUUUUUUAUCAAUGACAAGAAAGGAUAUUUUCUUGGACCACUACUCCUUCAAAUUCUCAAUAAUUGUUGCAAGGAGAAUAUACCCACUGACCCUCUCAGUGACAAAAAAAAAUGGGUGGAUUUUAAAUUGAAGUGGGAACAACCCAAACACAUCCAAUAUGUCAUUGAGAACAUACGCUUCCACCUGGACCCAGCAAAACUCUUCUCACAAGAGUCCAAUAACAAUGAAUUGCAGAACAAAUUCAAUUCCUUCCUUACACAAAACCUUCUUACAUACUUGCACAUGGGAGGGGACCUUCAAGGAUUUGAUGAAUUCAAUGAUCAUGAUGUAGUUGGACUCCAACAAGAAAGUGCAGCAAUAUGUUGGGGGAUCCAUCAAUGGUUGCUCCAUCGAUCUAUGUCUCUCCUCUUCCCACCCAAAUCAUCUCUUUAUAAGCUGUAUGGCCACCUUUCUGAACCUGUUCAGAGCUUCAGUAUUUCUGGCGAGAUUUCCAACCACUUGAUUCCAUUGAGCAAGGCUUUGCUUAAUACCCAAAACCUUAUGGAGGCAAAAUUAGAUGGACUGCCAAAGGAUAACAAGCAGGGCAGUGGAGUGAUCAAUUAUGAAGCUGAAUUCCAAGAAUUGGAUGUCCGUAAUGGUAUUGUGACAUGUGCAGCCCUCUCAAGAGAUGGUCGAUAUGUUGCACUUGGGCUUGGUAGUGGUGUUAUUGAGAUUGCUGAUAUUGAUGAUCAGUGUACAAUCUCUCAGUUCCAGAAUCACCCACCCAAUCCACCAGCAUGGAUUGAGUUUAUCCAUGAUGGUCAUUGUAUUGCUACUGAGGAUGUUGAUGGGAACAUCAGUAUCUAUGGCCAUGGUGUGCCUCCUCUGAAACUUGGCACUCUCCCCACAGGUGCCUAUCCUGCUGUGACUGCAGUCUCAGCUAGUGGAUUCUUUAUUGUGACCUGCACAUUCAGUCCCUUGCCUCUCCUUCCAACUCUUCCUUUCCAUCCUCCCAAUCCAAUUCCAAGCUAGCCUUUCCUGAGCGUCACACAAUUGCAUUUUCUCCAGGGGCACAAUACAUUGCAGCCUUUGAUGGACACAGUGCUUUCACCUGGUCAA